AUGUCGAUGGGCCUGGAAAUCGGCGGGGUGUCCCUGUCCGUCCUGGGAUGGAUCGGCUGCAUCCUGUGCUGCGGGCUGCCCAUGUGGCGGGUGACGGCCUUCAUCGGCUACAACAUCGUCACUGCGCAGAUCACCUGGGAGGGCCUGUGGAUGGACUGCGUGGUGCAGAGCACCGGCCAGAUGCAAUGCAAGGUCUACGACUCCAUGCUGGCGCUGGCCCCGGACCUGCAGGCCGCCCGUGCCCUGGUGGUCAUUGCCGUCCUCAUGGGCUGCCUGGGCAUCCUCAUCUUCUUGAUGGGGGCGCAGUGCACCCGAUGUAUAGAGGAAGAGUCCACCAAGGCCAAAGUGACCAUCGUCUCCGGGAUCAUCUUCCUGUUGUCCGGCAUCCUGGUCCUCAUCCCUGUCUCCUGGUCGGCCAACACCAUCAUCCGUGACUUCUACAACGUGGUGGUCCCCCAAGCCCAGAAGCGAGAACUGGGAGCUUCUCUCUACAUUGGCUGGGCAGCGGCCGCCCUCUUUCUUUUCGGGGGUGCCUUGCUCUGCUGCUCCUGCCCCCCUAAAGACGACAGGUACAGACCCACAAACAUGACCUACUCAGCCCCCAAGUCGACAGUGGCCAGCUACGACAAGAAGAACUACGUAUGA